AUGGUGAAGAUUCGUGGCUACAGUGUCGUGUUGGGUGCUGUGGAGUCAGCAUUAGCGCAACAUCCUUUGGUGUCCACGUCGGUGGUGCUCACGGAAGGCGACGAAGGUGAAGACAAGCGGUUGGUUGCCUACAUUGUGCCGGAAGACUGGGAAAAGGUGCCAAGUGCGUCAAACCUUCGCGAGUUUCUCAAGGAGAAGCUGCCGCACUAUGCGAUCCCGUCGGUGUUUGUACAACUCGAUGCUUUGCCCAUUAACAGUGCAAGUGGCAAGUUGGAUCGUAAGAAAAUGCCGUCGAUCGAAGAAGCCAAGAAGCUGCGUAACGAAUCGAUCGACUUGUCGGUGGACCCGCAGAACUUGCCGCAGACCGAGACGGAGAAGAAGCUCGCGUGCAUCUGGUCGGAGCUGCUACGUCUCGAGAACGACAGCGUCUUGCACCGUGAAGCCAGCUUCUUUGACGUGGGCGGACACAGUUUGCUGUCCACUCGACUGGUCUCCAGUAUCCGCGAUACUUUCGACGUUCACUUGACUCUAGCAGACAUUCUCUCGUCGCCUGAGUUGUGCUCGAUAGCGUCUCGAAUCGACCAAUCGCUUGGUGCUGUCCUGGAUGCGUCGAUCUACCCUGCUGCCACUCGUAAGGCCGGGUACAGUCGCUACCGUGUGGAGAUGGUGAGUCUACCGCCACGCAACUUGUUCCUGACUGGUGCCACCGGAUUCCUCGGUGUGCAUCUGCUACAUGCACUGCUCAAGUACUCGACCAGCGUCGUCUUCUGUCUGGUUCGUGCUGCUGAUGAAGACGCAGCUAUGGAUCGCAUAAAGAAUGCACUCAAAGAGUUCGCGCUUCUCGAGGAAGCGCAGAAAUGCCAUCUGGAAGACCGUGUGAUCCCCGUCCCGGGCAACCUCGCGCAGCCGCUGCUGGGUCUUGAUGCUGACAUGUUCAAGAUGCUGGCGACUGAGAUCGACGCCAUCUUGCAUAAUGGCGCAGACGUCAACCUGGUCAAGCCAUACUCUUCUCUGAAGAGCGUCAAUGUGCUGGGAACACAGGAAGUAUUGCGUCUUGCUGUGACGAACGGACUGGCCAAGACGCGUGUAAAGCCUGUACACUACAUCUCAACGAACGGAGUGUUCCCGUCAACACUAAGUGCACCUAGAUAUCUCGAGACGGCGGACUUGAGUGAGCUGUCCGAUCAGCUCGACAAUGGCUACGCACAGAGCAAGUGGGUGGCCGAGCAAAUGUGCCACGAAGCAGCUCAUCGCGGUCUUCCGGUGUCGAUUCUGCGUCCGGGCAACAUGGCUCCGGCUGCGCAGGUCUCGGCACUGUGCCAGCUCGCUCUGACUGGUACUUGGACAUGA